AUGAGAUGCCGUGAUCCACUUCCUGUUGCCAUCCAAGCUGAGAUAAUUAAAGCCUGUUGUGAAGACGAUGUGAUAAACCUAGAACGCCUUUUGAAUGAUGGAAAGACAGUCUCAAAUGUUCUUUUACAUUCUGAUAUUCUUGGAGCAUCAUAUAUUGACCACUUUGGCAGUUUCGAAUACCUUACACCACUCCAGCUCUCAGCUGUUUGUGGAAGCUGGAGGUGUCUACAAUUGUUGAUCACUCAUAGAGCUCUUGUGAAUUUUGAGGUGGCAAAGACAGAUAGGCAUAUAUACCAGCCUCUGUAUCUUUGUGUGAGAAGUUCGAGAGAGAAUCCCGAAAAGAGGACAGGCUAUGAGAAAAGCAUAAAAUUGCUUUUGGAUGCUGGAGCUAAACCAUCACUAGGAGAAGAAAGGUUUUAUGGUUCGCUUCUUCAUCUUGUGGUGGAUUUAAAAUUAGAUGCCAGUAUCCUCGAUGAGCUUAUCAAGCAUGGUGCAGAAGUUAAUAAAGUAAAUGCUCGCCAUUUCACGCCUUUACACCAGGCUCUUAUACAAGAGAGAGAAAUAGGGUCAGAUUACAUAUCUACAUUGCUGGCGCACACACCAGAUGUUAACAAACAAGACAAUCUAGGAAGAACAGCUUUAACUUUGUCAGCAGAAUAUGGUCUAGUUGAUGUCGUAUAUAAACUACAUAAACAUGCUCCUAAUUAUGAUAUUCUGACGUAUACAAGUGAAACUGCAUUGCAUUGUGCCUGUAGGAAUGGGCAUAUUGAAAUAAUAAGCAUGUUAAUAGAGAAAUCUUGCAAAAUCAACCACACAAACUCCAAUGGUUACACUGCUCUAGAUCUAUUUAUAAAAGCACUCAGCAAGGUUAUGUCAGAUGAUGCUAAAAGUCCUCGGAAGGUUGCCAAAUGUCUCCAAAAGCUUCUUAACUUUGGUGCAUUUAUGAACGAUUUUCAGCCAGUUACUCUAAAGCCAAUGCUGCAGCAUCAAUACAUCCAUAGAUAUACACAGACUCUAUGUUUAAUCAUCAACUCUCUUGACUACAUUGAUCUCUAUGAAAUCAUUGACCAGACGCAUGUGACAUCAGAUAAUGAGAUUCUAUUUGAGCAGUUGUUUGUGCUCGGUAAUGGUCCACGAACAUUACGUCAUCUUUGUCGAUGUACCAUUCGUCGUUGUAUUAGAACACCUUGUCAUUUUGUCAGGAAUUUGCCAUUACCAGAACUGCUAAAAUCCUAUUUGCUUCUGGACGUGAAAUGA